ACCCCGAAGAACCGACAAACGCGGCACUUGCGCUUUGCAGCCGGGGAUGCGAGAGAUGGUGCUUUAAUUCAACGUCAGAUCAAGUUUGAUCAAUAUCCCCCUGCUGGCCCAAUUGGAAGAGCCUUAUUCACAAUCAGAUCCGCUACUCUCGCCACCACCAUCUUUGGGAUAAGUCCCUGUUUUUUUUCCAGUGGCAGAAAAUUUGCUCUGCAACCCGGUUUGUACCUCAAUGAACCUAAUUGGUGCAGAGUGGAAGAGCAUAAAUCUGGAGGAUUUCCUUUAAGUCCGCGGUUGUGUACAUGCUUUUGCCUUAUCAGAUUCCUUUUAGGAGUUGAAUUUAAAGGUUGGAGAAAAUGGCACAUAGUGCGCUGCUUUUCUUAUUGUGCUUUUUCCGCACAUCUCUGGCCGGCUUCCCUAACCAGAUAAAUAUAGGGGGACUCUUCAUGCGAUCAACGGUGCAGGAACACAGCGCCUUUAGAUUCGCAGUUCAGCUCUACAACACCAACCAAAAUGUGACCGAAAAACCUUUCCAUCUGAAUUAUAACGUAGAUAACCUCGAAUCAUCCAACAGCUUCUCGGUUACCCACGCAUUCUGCUCCCAGUUCUCCAGAGGCGUUUAUGCCAUCUUCGGCUUCUACGACAAGAAGUCCAUGAAUACUCUGACCUCCUUCUGCGGUGCCCUGCACACCUCCUUCGUCACGCCGAGCUAUCCCACCGACGCGGACGUGCAGUUCGUCAUCCAGAUGCGUCCCGCCCUGCGAGGUGCCAUUCUCAGCAUGCUGUCCCACUACAAGUGGGAGAAAUUCGUCUACCUGUAUGACACAGAGAGAGGGUUCUCAAUUCUACAAGCCAUCAUGGAGUCGGCGGUCGCCAGCAACUGGCAAGUGACAGCGCGCUCGGUGGGGAGCAUCACGGACCCUCAGGAGUACAGGCGCAUCAUCGAGGAGAUGGACAGGCGACAGGAGAAGCGUUACCUCAUAGACUGUGAGGUGGACAGGAUUAACGACAUCCUGGAGCAGGUUGUGGCUCUCGGGAAGAACAGCCGUGGUUACCACUACAUUCUGGCCAACUUGGGUUUUUCCAACAUUAGUCUGGACAAGGUCUUCCUCGGCGGGGCGAACAUUACCGGCUUUCAGAUAAUAAACCCCGAAAAUCCCAUUGUGCAGCAGUUUCUCCAGCGCUGGGACCGGCUGGACGAAAGGGAAUUCCCCGAGGCCAGGAACACACCCCUGAAGUACACGUCAGCGCUAACCCACGAUGCUGUGCUGGUGAUCGCCGAGGCCUUCCGGUACCUGCGGCGCCAGCGGGUGGAUGUGUCCCGGAGAGGCAGCGCCGGGGACUGCCUGGCAAACCCCGCCGUGCCCUGGAGCCAGGGCAUUGAUAUCGAACGGGCCCUCAAAAUGGUCCAAGUUCAAGGCAUGACUGGAAACAUCCAGUUCGACAGCUUUGGCCGGCGAUCGAAUUACACCAUCGAUGUUUACGAGAUGAAAACAGGUGGGCCGCGAAAGAUCGGGUACUGGAACGAGUUUGAAAGAUUUGUAAAUAUUAUGGAUCAGCAGGUCACCAACGAGUCUUCUGUGGAAAACCGAACAAUUGUGGUCACUACUAUUAUGGAAGCGCCGUACGUGAUGUUCAAGAAAAACCACAUGCAUCUGGAAGGGAAUGACAAGUAUGAAGGCUAUUGUGUCGAUUUAGCUUCCGAAAUUGCAAAACACGUGGGGAUAAAAUACAAACUGUCCAUUGUAAUGGAUGGAAAGUAUGGUGCAAGGGAUCCUGAGACCAAAACGUGGAACGGGAUGGUGGGUGAACUUGUGUAUGGGAGAGCAGAUAUAGCUGUUGCACCACUAACUAUAACGCUGGUUCGAGAAGAAGUCAUUGACUUUUCUAAGCCUUUUAUGAGCUUGGGGAUCUCCAUUAUGAUAAAGAAGCCCCAAAAGUCCAAACCUGGAGUAUUUUCCUUCCUCGACCCCUUGGCCUACGAAAUUUGGAUGUGUAUAGUGUUUGCCUAUAUCGGAGUCAGUGUGGUCCUUUUCCUGGUCAGCCGCUUCAGCCCUUAUGAGUGGCAUCUGGAUGAAAACGAUGAAGCCAAAGACCCACAGACCCCUCCGGACCCACCAAAUGACUUUGGGAUAUUUAAUAGUCUCUGGUUCUCCCUGGGAGCCUUUAUGCAGCAAGGAUGUGAUAUUUCACCAAGGUCUUUGUCGGGGAGGAUAGUGGGCGGAGUCUGGUGGUUCUUCACCCUCAUCAUCAUUUCGUCCUAUACGGCCAACCUGGCUGCCUUCCUCACGGUGGAGAGGAUGGUCUCCCCCAUCGAAAGCGCAGAGGAUCUUGCCAAACAAACGGAGAUUGCAUACGGAACCCUCGACUCAGGCUCCACCAAAGAGUUCUUUAGACGCUCAAAAAUAGCCGUUUAUGAAAAAAUGUGGUCAUAUAUGAAAUCAGCAGAACCCUCUGUCUUUGCCAAGACAACACCUGAUGGGGUUGCCCGGGUACGAAAGUCGAAGGGCAAGUUCGCCUUCCUCCUCGAAUCCACCAUGAACGAGUACAUUGAGCAGCGGAAGCCAUGUGAUACGAUGAAAGUGGGCGGCAAUCUCGACUCUAAGGGCUAUGGUGUGGCGACUCCCAAAGGCUCGGCAUUAAGAAAUGCUGUUAACCUGGCAGUGUUAAAACUGAACGAGCAGGGCCUCUUGGACAAAUUGAAAAACAAAUGGUGGUACGACAAGGGAGAGUGCGGCAGCGGGGGAGGUGACUCCAAGGACAAGACAAGUGCUCUGAGCCUGAGUAAUGUAGCAGGAGUCUUCUAUAUUCUGGUCGGAGGUCUGGGGCUGGCUAUGAUGGUGGCUUUGAUAGAAUUCUGCUACAAGUCUCGUGCAGAAACCAAAAGACUGAAACUAGCCAAGAAUGCCCAAAACUUUAAGCCAGCUCCGCCAGCAAACACGCAGAAUUUUGCCACAUACCGAGAGGGCUACAAUGUGUAUGGAACCGAGAGUGUUAAAAUCUAAAGGCACAGCUGGAAGGAGUCAGAACAGCUCGGAGUGAACCUGACACUGAUGACCGGACAGUUUGACGCGAUGAAUAAGUCAGGGGCCUGGAAACCCGCCGGGCUCAGCAAGCGCUAGCUUCAUAGCGGAGGGCAUAAUGAGUGAAAAGGACUUGUCAUUUAAAGAACUGAAUUUGUUUCCUUCAGUGCCUUAUAGAACAUUCAGAACGUCACAACAAUGCAACUCGUCAUAGUAAUAUUGCUUUGCUUGAAAUACAAAAGAAAAAAAAAGGAGCAAUGGUAUCAUAAUCUAACAAAUGAGCCUUCGGUAGAUACUCUCACUAAAGAAAAAGCCAUCAGUCACAACCCUAGCACAUACGGAAGACCCUGACAUAGCAGAAUUCACCAGGCAAUGGAUGGUACUAUAGUCAUAUAUAAAGAAAUAUUAUUUUAAAUGUCGUGAUUGAUUUACAGCCAGAUUGUAUUGGUUGGGUAUAAUUUAAAUGUCUUACAAAUCCAUGUAAUCAAUUCAUUAUCAAUUCAUUUAAAGUAGCCCUGAUGCUAGUAUUUACAAGAAAUGAUUUGUUGACUCAUUUUGUUUUGAUUCUAAGGACAGAAAAGUUUUGUUCCCCACUGAAGCAAAUUAAUGGACAUUAUUUUCACCACGAGUCAUCCAUUGGGUGGUUGCGUUGGCAUUCUGAAUUCUGGUGCUGUUGGUGACUCAGUACUUUAUCAUAAAUUGAGGGCCUGUGAACUACCCAAGGUCAAUGAUAAAAGCACCAUUCAGCAUAGGGCAAAAGGCCGCAUGUGACAAAAUCUACUGCCAACGGAUUUCUCUCUCAGAUAUGAGCAAUUUGCAAAUCAUAUAUGGAGUCAGGUUGAAGCUUAUAUUAACUGUGAAUUGAACAUACACUAACACAAAUCACAAGCAUACGGUACAAGAUAUUUCUAGAUAUCUGGAAGAGAUACACAGAUAUACUGUAUAUGUAUACACUUCUGCAUAAUACACCACUACAACAUGGGUUUUAGGGUAACAUCUGAAACCUUGGUGGCUUUUUUAAAAUGAUUUGUCCAAGUAUACGGCCUGAAGCGUGAAAACGGAAUCACUCGAUUGUAGAUACACUGCAAUUAUUUAAAAAGACUAACGGUAACAGCUUUGAAAAUGGUAUUUUGGAUUACCUUCAAUAUUUUGUGAAAUGAUAGCACAUUUUCAAUCAAGCUGUGGUUUAAUUUUGGUUUUGUUUUACUUUGUAGGCAUACUGUUUUGUGGAUAACUUAAGAAAUGAAAAAAAUAGUAAAUUAAAAUGGGAAGUACUGUAUAUGUUACCCUAUGGUCAAUAUAGGGGCAAUUUUUAAACUAAAGCUUAGCAAACGUCCAUUUAAUGCUGUUACAAUUCUUUUACUUUCUCUAAGAAAUGUGAUUAUGUAGUAUUUGAGACAUGCCAAGAAGGAUUUCAUUGAAAAAGCAAAAGAUUACAAUAGUUUUAUAUAAAAUAAAACUGUAAAAAAAAAAAAAAAAAACUGUAAAGAAACCUGUACAUUUAUUUAAAGUCAAUUUAUGAAUGCAAAGAGGCUUCACUAAAUUUUGGUUUUUCAAUUUUUCAGACUGCAUGUAAAAUUGGUAAUUGCCUAUCAAGGCCUGAGACUUUGCUCAGACAGUUAGGAGAUCAGUGGUAGAAGCAUAACUUCUCUUUCUAUUAUUUGACCCUCCCUUCCCUUGUUGUCUGACUGCAAUCAAAAAUUGCCAAGCAACCUACCAAUUACAAAAGAAUAAGAACUGCAUGUGUGGGUGUAAUUUACUGAACCUCAGCAGUGAGGCGCUGUACAAAGAAUUUUAAUACAUUUUUGUAAAUAAAACUGUAUAGAAAU